AUGGACCUCUAUGAUCAGCUUCCGAAUAGCAAAUUGACGUACCUCUCAGAGUAUGCUUCGAUGCUCGAAAGUGCAAAGGAGAAUGGGAUCACCGUCGUGGACUUGUUAACAUUGAAACCAGCAGAACUUACCAAAGUAUUUCCACGUUCCAUAAUAGAAAUCGCCAAAUUUCAAUUAGCAUUGAGGGAUGAGCUCAAGUAUCAAGUAUUUGAGCUCAACAAACCCGAGUUCUCUUCCGAUGAACAUCGGAUGCUUGUAUUCACGUCUGGUGACAGAGACAUCGACAAAGCUCUCGGCGGUGGAAUACGCACCCAUGGAAUCACUGAAAUCUUCGGCAGUAGUUCCACAGGCAAGUCUCAGUUACUUAUGCAGCUCUCUUUGAGUGUGCAGGCAUCAACGGAUUGUGGUGGUCUCGACGGCAAAUGCGUUUUCAUCACAACAGAAGGCAACUUGCCGACAAAAAGGCUGGAUGAGAUGAUUACAUAUAAAUCAAAGUUGACAGGAUUUGAAUCUGUUUCCCAGAAUAACAUCUUCACCGUCAAUUGCAACGAUCUGGCCAGUCAAGAACAUAUCCUUCUUGUUCAACUUCCCAUCCUCGUGGAAAGAAAUCGAGAUAUAAAACUAAUCAUAAUAGACUCAAUAUCACAUCAUCUUCGGGUAGAGUUAGAAAGCAAGACGUUCCGAGAUUCUCAAGAUAAUCGGCACUACAUCGAUCGAAUGGCACAAAACCUUUUAAAAAUUGCCGCCAAGUACUCGUUGGCCAUAGUUGUGGCCAAUCAGGUUGGUGAUAAGCCUGUACCUGAGGGCAAUCCUAUAAACUCUAUUUCAAUCACUGGACCAGCCGAAUACGGGUAUCAAUUGGGCUGGACUGUAGGAUGGAAAGACUCAAGCAUCUUCUAUCGUCAGACUAUGGAUGGUCUUACGUUUGAUAGUGGCAGCAAGGUACGAUCCGAUUCACAUAUUGGGAACGAACACAUUCUCUCUGAUGAUGAGGAUUAUAACUUGAUCGCAGCGACGGCUCUUGCAAGGAAGAGAGGCCGUGAUGGUGGUAGUACAGAUCAACUUUCAGCAAAUAACUCAUCGCAGUCUGUAAGGACGGGACCUAAGCAACAAUCCCAAAAUUACUGCACUUCAACGCAUGUUACACCCUGCUAUGGCCGGAAACGUAAAGUUGAUACAAAAGUACCGAAUCUUGGAUUAUCGUGGGCCAAUCAUGUUGGUGCAAGAAUUUUACUCGCAAAAAGCUACAAAGCAUCUCCUAUGAUCAAAGAAAAGGACUUCGAUUUGAAUAGAGUCCUAGACACGAAUAGUUUUUGGCAACCUCGACGUACGCUACAGGUAGUCUUCUCCGAAUUCACGAAGAGACAAGAGUUGGAAUUUAUGAUUAGUGCCAACGGGGUAGAAAGUAUUGAGCGAGCUCAAGUAAAACCAAAAGAAUAUCUGGGCUGA